AUGGAUGAGGAGCGCUUGCGCAAGGCGCAGCAGGCGUCACGGGAUGCCUUCCUCCGCAAACAGGCACUUAAGCGCGAAAAGGCCGCAUCGGCCGUUUUACAGGAGAAAAUUGCCGAGAUUGAGGCGGGAGUUCUGCCGCACUCGCUCACCGAGGUUGAGCUACUGAGUAGGCGCGCGCAGGAGGUGCAGGCGGCUGCACAGCUGCAGCGGACGGCAGAACUUCGGCAGGGGCUGCUUGACCAAGAUGGCUCUUUGAUCACACAACAGGGAGAAUGCCAGCGUGAUGCAUCAUUGUUAAAGCUUGAUCAAGUGGGAUUGGAUUUGCAAGAUCGUGCGCCCAUUCAGCAAGAAGAGAAGCAGUCGCAGCAGAACUACGUUGCGAUGGAUCGUUCUGUCAUUGAUGAGCGCAUUGAGAAAAAUGAAUUUGUGGUUGACAAGACGGAGGAUCAGAUUAAGACGGAGCGCGCGGAGGCAUUGCAGGAUCAGCACCGCCGUUUGAAAGAGCAGCGACGUUCACUUCCUAUCUUUAAAAACCGCGAGACACUACUGGAGCUCAUCCGAAAAAAUCCGGUGGUGAUUAUUGUGGGCGAGACUGGAUCUGGAAAAACCACACAGCUGUUGCAAUACUUGUACGAAGAGAAAUUCCAUGAAAUCUCUCCGCCAUUACAUGAAGACAGAAACGACCAAGAUAACAACAUGGGCGGAGAAGCGGCGGCUCCUGAAGAAGGGGAGGAGAAGGCAGCCGAGAAGCGACUCAUCUGUACACAACCUAGACGCAUUGCGGCGAUCAGCGUAGCGGAGCGUGUGGCACAGGAGAUGGGAAGUCGCUGCGGCAGUAUUGUUGGGUAUAAGGUGCGGUUUGAUGAUCGAUCAGGACCAUUGACGCGGGUUAUGUUUGUGACAGAUGGUAUGAUGCUAAAGGAGCUUGUCAAUGACCCGAACCUUCAUACUGUCGCUGCCAUCAUGAUCGAUGAAGCCCACGAGCGUUCCCUCAACACAGACAUUCUCCUAGGCUUGCUGAAGGAUAUUACCCGACGCAACAAGCAUAUCAAGGUGAUUGUGGCCAGUGCAACUAUUAAUGCCGAGAAGUUUAGCAACUUUUUCGAUGGUGCGCCCAUCUUCACGGUGAAGGGGCGUACGUUUCCUGUUGAGGUGUCGUACCUCACUGAGCCAGUGGCGGACUAUGUGAAGGCGUGCGCUGAGUCGGUGCUCUUGCUACACGCUACGAAGCCUCUGCCCGGGGACAUACUUGUUUUUCUCCCCGGACAAGAGGAAAUCGAGAACUGCGCCGCUGCUAUUCGCGAAGGCAUCGCCAACGCCGGCGGACAGCUGCGACCACUUCUGGUGUUGCCGAUUUACUCAUCUCUACCUCCUCGGGAUCAGAAGCGUAUCUAUGAAACACCGCCGCCGCACACAAGAAAGGUUGUAAUUGCAACAAACAUUGCCGAAACAUCCAUCACGAUUGAUGGUAUUGUCUAUGUUGUGGACUCGGGUCUCUGCAAACAGAAUUACUACAAUCAUCGCGCCAUGGUGGAGGAGCUGCGUGUGCUGCCGACAUCGCAGGCCAGCGCCAUGCAAAGGGCAGGACGUGCGGGACGAACCCAAGAGGGUGACUGCUAUCGUCUGUAUACCACCUAUACUUUCCGCAACGAACUACCGCAAGAAACUGUGCCAGAAAUUAUGCGGUGCUCGAUGAGCUCCGUUGUCCUGCAGCUCAAAGCCCUUGGCAUUAACAACCUACUGCAGUUCGAGUUCAUUGAUGCACCGUCAACAGCUUCGCUAGAACGAGCCCUGGACCAUUUGUAUCUCCUAGGUGCUAUGAAACAGGACGGACAGUUGACUUUGACAGGGCGACGUAUGGCUGAAUUUCCAAUGGAACCGUCACUAAGCAAGUGCAUCAUACGUGCAAACGCCCUAAAGUGCCUGCGUCACAUGUCGAUUGCCGUGGCAAUGCUCACGCUGGACUCCAUAUUUGUUGCAACUCGUGACCCCAAGGAGCGUGUUGCCAUUGCAAGUGCCAGGGACAAGUUGUUUUCUGCGGGAAAUGGUGAUGUUGCAGGUUAUGUGCGACUGAUGGAGGAAUGGCUGCGGGCUGGCCCGUUGAUGCAGGAAUUCUGCCAGUCUCAUUACGUGAACGCCAAAUCACUUCUCCGAGCUCGUGACGUGUUGGACCAGAUAUUGCGCACGUGUGAACGGAUUGGCUUUGAGUUACCCAGCGGAGAGGAGGAGGCUCCUCUCGCCGUUGAAGUCUUCACAAAGGCACUACUUGCAGGGUUCUUUAUGAAUGUGUCGAAACUUGGCAUCGACCGGCGCACCUAUGUGGUUGUGCGCCCAAUAGAAGCCACGGUGAACCACGGCGGCAUCAAUCGCAGCAACAGUGCGCUCGGUGGUGAGGGAGGUUCAACUGCUGAAUUGCACCCGUCAAGUUAUCUCUUCCGCGCUGGGUUGACCCAGCAGGACGAGAAGACGAAGGAAAACGUACCUGUUUCGUCAGCUCCGAUCUUGCGAGAGAGGCCACAGCUUGUCGUCUUCACGCAGCUGCGUUGCACAACGAAGCGCUACAUGAUGCACGUGACGGCUCUCCCAUCCACAGAGUGGGUCCUAUCGGCGGCUCCGGUGAAUUACUUCACCAAGGAAGAGUUGGAGACGAACCUGCGAAAGCGUGCACAUGACUAA